GGUUGCUCCGCCAUUUUGUGAGGCGGCGGUGACUGUGACAAGUGAGUCACGACCACUUACAAACAACCAACACCAACAACGGACCGUCACCCAAUGUUUUGGUAGAAGUUAGAGAAGUACCAGUCAUGGACAGGCUGGUAUGGGUAGUUGUUACCCUCUCCAUCGUUGGUGGUCAGAUUCCACCGAACCCGCCACCUGGAGGGUUUCCUGUAGGGCCACCUGUUGGCCCGCCCAUUGAACCUCCACUUGGGCCCCCUCUUGGGCCCCCGCUUGGUCCUCCCCUCGGACCCCCUCUUGGACCCCCAUUGGGUCCCAUUGAUCCAAUUGGACCGGCUGGCUUAAACAAUUUUGGCCCUGAAUUGCUUGAGUGGAGGUGUCCACAGCACUGGAUCCAAUUCCAAGGGUCCUGCUACAGAUUCAUCAAAUCACCCAUUCGGCCAAGAGUUGAAGCCAGGAGGAAUUGUCAAGCGUACCACUAUCAAGCUGAUUUAGUCAAUAUUAAUAGCUUAGAAGAGCACGGCUUUUUGCUCAAUCAAUUGAAUAUUCAAGAUCCGCAACGUAGAAGAUGGUAUACCAGUGGAUUUCAACAGCAGCCAAAUUUUUGGAUCAAUGAAGGUGAUGGCACCAACAUUGUGAAUUUGGAAGCAGCUUUCCUCCCUCAGCCUCCACCUGAUCAACCACCAUACAUCAGAGAUUUUGUCGCAUACAGUUAUUCACCAAAUCUGAUGAGAUGGGGAUUCGAACGAGUCAGCGGUCUUGAACCUCUGCUUUACAUCUGUGAAGCUCCUAUUGGCGCCCUCCGAGCUCUCCUAGAAGAUGAUCGUACCUACACAUAUGGUGUUGAUGUUGAUGAUCCUCUUUUAGUUCCUAGAGGUCCAAUCUUUAUUCGCCAACCCAAGGAUGUUGUAUUUGAUUUGUCAAAAAGGAAGCUUGCUAAUGAUGUUACACUAAGCUGUUUGGCAGCUGGUUAUCCGACUCCGUCAUAUGAAUGGUUCAAAGAAGAUUAUGAGAAUGAUAUACUUCGUGAAUCUCUCAUUGACCCUCUUCAAGACAAUCGUUUUACUAUCAGUGGUGGUUCCCUAAUUAUCUAUAACCCUAAUCAGAUUACAGAUCGUGGUACCUACCAUUGUAAAGCAACUAACAAAUUUGGAACCAUCGUAUCUGAAAGUGUGCAAUUGUCUUUUGGGUUCAUUGGAGAAUUUAAUUUGAAAAGAUCGCCUGAGUAUGGUGACAAGAACUGGGGUAAAACUAUGUAUUGUGAUCCACCACAGUAUUUCCCAGGUGUAACAUUCUAUUGGGCUCGUGACUACUUCCCUAAUUUUGUUGAAGAAGAUAGAAGAGUGUUCUCCUCAUAUGAUGGAUCCCUCUAUUUUUCUGCUCUUGAAAAUAUUGAUCAAGGCAGUUACAGUUGCAAUGUCCAAAGCAAAGUUUCCGACACUGGACGUAACGGUCCUUUCUUUAAAUUAAAUGUUCGCCCUCAUCCUAAUUUCCAACAGCUGAAGUUCCCCAAUAACUUUCCUAAAGCUUUCCCAGACGCCAUAGUUGCAGGGCAUGAAGUUAGACUUGAAUGUGUAGCAUUUGGUUACCCUGUUCCAUCCUACAAUUGGACCAGAGUUAAUGGCAACCUCCCCAGGGGAGCUUAUCUGGCCAAUUACAACAGAGUUUUGAUCAUUCCAAGUGUGCAAGUGGAAGACCAGGGAGAAUAUGUGUGUCGUGCAAACAACGAUCGUGCAGCUAUAACCAAUACUGUUACAAUUAGUAUCCAAGCUGAACCAAACUUCACUGUUCCACUUAUGGACAAACACAUGGAUUAUCAGGGAAAUCUGACUUGGACCUGUGAAGCAUUCGGUAUACCAGAUGUAACUUAUUCAUGGUUGAGAAAUGGAGUUGAGCUGAAUGUCAACCGUCUACCUCCUGAAGAUUGGGGACGGUACCACAUCCAAGAUAAUGUGCUAUCCAUAAGUCAUCUGGACCCUCAACGUGAUCAGGCUAUGUAUCAGUGCCGUGCCCGGAACCAAUUGAGAACACGCUAUUCUUCUGCGCAGUUGAGAGUGUUAUCUCUUCCACCAUCUUUCAAAAAGCGGCCAUUAGAAGCUGAAACCUAUGCUGCUGAGGGUGGCAAUGUGACAAUGCGUUGCAACCCAGAAGCAGCUCCAAGACCGAGGUUCAUCUGGAAAAAGAAUGGCAAUGUUCUUGGGAGUGGAGGGCGUCGUAUCAUCUUAGAGAAUGGAAAUAUGGUCAUCAAGCCUGUUUCUAGAGAUGAUGAAGGAACUUAUUCGUGCACAGCAGAGAACCGUUAUGGCAGAGAUAUUGGCUAUGGACGUCUUAUAGUUAUGCGUGGGCCUCGUUUCAUCCGCACCAUGCCUCCUCAGUUUGUAACUACUGAAGGCUCAGAUAUUGCAUUGUCUUGUGAUGCCUUGUCAGAUGAGAUGCUUGAUGUAGCUUAUAUUUGGACCCACAAUGGACUCCGUAUUCGAGAUGAAAGGAAUCAGCAGAUACGUAUUAAAGUGGAUGGAAAUCUAUUAGCCAUUCGGAAUGCCUCCAUUGCUGAAGGUGGUGACUAUGAGUGUAUUGUAAAAAGUGUUGUUGGAAGAAUUGUCACCCGCACUCGAGUCAUUGUAGAGGGUCCUCCAGGUCCCCCUGGUGGUGUGCAAGUUGUGGAUAUUAAAAAGACAUCUGCAACGAUUCAGUGGACAGAUGGUGCACCAAAUGGUCAACCUAUAUAUGUGUAUAUUGUUUCUGCUCGCACAAUUUAUAAUGAUACAUGGCUAAACAUCACCAGAGAUGUGCGAGCAAAGGAAAUUGAUCGAUACAAUGGAAGAAAACAGUUUGAGUUGGAGGGCAUGCUCUCACCUGGUUGCACAUACGAGUUCAGAGUGGCCGCUGCUAAUUCUCUUGGCUAUGGAAUCUUCUCAAGCCCCAGUCCACAGUAUCGCACACCUCCUGAUCGUCCUUACAAAUUCCCAUCCAAAAUUGGUGGUGGGGGUGGAAAAAUUGGAGACCUUACAAUCAGAUGGACUCCAUUACCUCCUCAAGAUCAUAAUGGUCCAGGCAUUUACUACAAAGUGUUUUGGCGAAGGACUGAGCAUGACACAGAGUUCCAAUCUCUUGCUCUUAAAGAUCAAGGCAAUAUUGGCAUGGCUGUUGUAAGAAUUCAGAGUGAACAUUUCUAUACACGCUAUGAUGUUAAAGUACAAGCAGUAAAUGAUAUUGGUUAUGGACCUGAAUCAAAGAUGACCACCAUCUUCUCUGCAGAGGAUAUGCCCCAUGUCGCCCCUCAACAGGUUUCAGCACGGUCAUUCAAUUCGACCGCACUUAAUGUAACUUGGCAGUCGGUCGAUCAAACUCGCGAGAAGAUCAGAGGAAAAUUGAUUGGAUACAGGUUGAAGUACUGGAUAAAGGAUCAGAAAGAAGAGGAUGCCGUGUAUUACCUCAGCAGAAGCACUAAUCCAUGGUCUCUGAUAGUUGGUCUGAUACCUGAUACGUACUACUUUGUCAAGGUCAUGGCUUUUAAUGCUGCAGGAGAAGGUCCCGAGAGUGAACGUUACAUUGAGAGGACAUUCAGGAAAGCACCACAAAAGCCUCCUUCAUCAGUCCAUAUAUCUGGCAUCAAUCCAUCCACAGUGCAUGUUAUUUGGCGAUAUGUUGCUCCUAGUUUGGAUGAAGAACCAGUGUCUGGUUACAAGGUCAGAGUCUGGGAGAAGGAUCGGGAUAUGAGCACAGCUAACGAUACUAUAAUACCAGUGGGACAGAAUCUGAGGGCAUACAUAACUAAUCUGUCACCUGGUAAAAGUUACCACAUGAGAGUUCUUGCAUAUUCUAAUGGAGGUGAUGGGAGAAUGUCAUCUCCUGUCAUAACAUUCCAAAUGGGUGACCAAGAAGUGUUAAGAAGUGAUGCUAGCACCACCACUAUGUGUCUUUGGAGUGUAAUUUCUGUCGUGUUAGUUCUAGUAUUUUCAGUACUUCCUGUAGAUUUGAAUUGAAAAAUGAUCUGAACAAUUUUUAUGCAGCCGUCCAUAGUAUUCCACAUGACCUUAUUUUAUGUGGGAUCAGUGAUUUUUUUAUCUCUAUCUGUUUUGUAUAUUUUGGCAGUUUUUGCUAAGUACUUAGGAAAGCAGGAUCACAUCCUGAUUGUCACACUUAUUUAUCAAACACCUGAGGUAGAAGCUCAUUUAUUUAGUACUGCAGUAAGAUCUUAUGUAUGUAAUGAAUGAAAGUUGUGAAGGAUGAGUUUAUUACUAAGGAAAAAUUAGUCAUGAUUCAUUUUGUGAGGAAAGUAUGUCACUUAUUAUUUAAGUGAUCUCAGCAAUGGUACAUUUAUCAUGGGGUGAAUAGUUGUUAAAUGGGAUUUCUCAUUUGCAAUUUUUUCACCAUACCCAUUUUAAAAUAUUUUCUACUUGUUCUUUUAAAACACUUGAUAAUACAGUUCCAUUGCAUUCAAAUACCAAUGCAAAGCAUAUCUACUUAAUGUUUUGAUUUUAUUUAUGACAAAGGAUUUGUUUUUGAACUUACGUGAGCAAGUUUUCAGUUUUACACUCUCUUGCUCCUCCUUGGCAAGGUGGCCUGCAAUGAUACCUCUGUAUCCCGAAGUAGUCUGUGAUGCUGGACCACCUCCAUACAUGACAGAUGGUAAAAACAACAGCCAUUGAGGGGAUACGUUGAAAAUUAUCUCUCUCUUUCUUAAUGUUGAAACUGAAAGUUUGUGAAUGUUAUGUUCUUGUUCCGUCCGUUAUUGUUGCUUUUUUUUUUUCAUUGAUGUGUUGGAUAUUUUUUUAAAAUCAAUUUCUGUACCUAGAUGAAUUUUAUUUACUUAGGUUUACAAAAUGUGCCUUAAUGAUUUUAUUGUAGUUAGUAGUUUAGGGAGAUUAAGAAUACUCAGUCCAGAUUUACCAUAGCAUAAUGUAUUGCACAAGUAGUAGUUUGGUUUAGUUAAGAAUGACACCUGCCAAUCUUAUGUUGUUGGUAAUUACAAUUACCCAUGUGACCAGUACAAAGCACAUUUCUCUUUUGACUUACUGGUAUUCUUCUCUGUCAUUAAUGCUUUCUUUGUUAAAGAAAACAAUUUUCUAACAAAAUCAGUUUUUAUGUUAUUCUAGAAUUUGUAUAUUUUCUCUUCAUUUGAUUAUUUCAAUGUUGCUGUCAGGUACAAAACUGUAUGGUUUGUCUUUUUAAACAUCUUGAAAGACUAUUUGUCUGAACUUUUUUUUAUGGACAUUUGAUAUAUUUUAUUGGUUUAGCAGUAAGUGGAAUAUUAGUGGCCAUGCCUGACUUUUGACUCUGCAUGCUGUAAGAUAAAAAUUUUGUACCCUUUUAUACAGAAAUGGAGAUCUAUGAUAUUCUCUUUGAGAUGGUAUUUGUAUCAGUGAUCCAGUGUGAUGUAUUGAUCAUUUCUUCAAGCACAAAAUUUCUCAUAUUACCUGUGAUUGGCCUGUUUCUAACAUUCCCCCGAAACAUCCGUCCUUUGACAUUGUGACUUGUCGGUUUUAUACUACCAUUCCAUUUUUUUAUAAGAAUAAAGUUGGUUUUACAGAAACAAA